AUGUUCUUCAAGAAUGUGUCACCGCCUCCUCCACCUCCUGUUCCGGCACCGGAAUUGAAACCUCUCCACCCUUUCUAUCCCAGUGAAAUCGAGAUUGUGAACUUCAUCGCGAAUGACAUGACUGUCCUCCAAUUGCUCGCCGCCUUUGGCUCAGGGUGUGCGGUUAUCCUCUCCGCAACCUGGUUCCUCGUAUCCACGGUAGCCCCCGGUCUCAAGGCGAAGGAUAGGAUCAUGGUGCUUUGGUUCUGCUUGACUGGCUCCAUCCACCUAUUUUUCGAAGGUUAUUUCGCCUACAAUCAUACUCGCAUGGGUGGGGCGCUAGAUCUGUUCGGACAAUUAUGGAAAGAGUACGCCUUGUCUGAUUCCAGAUACCUGACUUCUGAUCCUUUCGUCUCGUGCAUGGAAUUUAUAACAGCGGUUUUCUGGGGGCCCCUCUCGUUCUUAAUGAUGUACUAUAUCAUCAUUUCGCAUCCUUUGCGCUACCCUCUCCAAGCUGUUGUUUCCCUGGGCCAGCUUUACGGCGAUGUGCUAUACUAUGCAACGAGCUUGUUUGACCACUACUACAAGAGCCUGACAUAUUGCCGGCCCGAGGCAUAUUACUUUUGGUUCUACUUUUUCUUCAUGAAUUUCAUUUGGAUUGUGAUUCCCUCGACACUAUUGGCAGACAGCCUCAUUGUGUCGGCGAAAGCAUUCAAGGCGUUAGACCGAAUGUCGUAUUCACUACAAGGCAAUGGGACGGUGCGUAAACCCAAGGCGAAUGGGCACAUCAAACAUACGUAG